AUGGCGCUUCCCCCAGAGCAAAUCAACAUCAAGCGAAGGCGCGAAGAAGAACCCGUGGAAACCCUCUAUAUUCAAUCGGCACUCCACCAAACCAAAAGACGAUUCACAGACUUCGUCUUCCACAGAGUAACACCGAAGGCCAGCGAAAGCUCAGAUGCAUCUCCAAGCCCACCAUCAACAGCGCACCCAGCAGCCCAGCGGCUCCUACGCAGCCCGCGCUCAGUAAGCAGUCUGCACGUCUCUCGCCGCGCACCAGCAUCCUCAAAUGGGAAUGGCAAUUGCGUCCCGACAGUCCGAGCUACCUCACCAGGCGCGGAAUUCCGUGAAGCACAGCGUGUCGCAGCCGCACGCAAAGAGCUUGAGGAAAAGCGCCGGCAACUCAUUUACUCGGGUCAAGCACCGCCUUCUCCAUCACAGACCAGCCUUGCGUCUGCACCUGCACCUAGAUCUGAAUCUGUAUCUGGGUCAGGGUCUAGACCCAGCACCCCCGACACGGCAGCAAAAGGAGAGACCAAACAACCAUCCAGAACAGCAUCACCUAGCCGCGCACAAACUCUCCGUCGCUUCCAGAUCUCCAGAUCAAACCUCGGUUCUCUCCGGAGUCCAGGCGGAAUCCAAAAACGUCGCGCUGAUGGUCCGGCACCGGGUGUCGCCGUGCUAGUUGAACAACUGCAUCGGCGCACGCAUUCGCGCAAGACGUCCAUGGUCUCUGAUAUGGUUGCGCACGCGCAACUUGGGGAUCGGGGUAUUUCGCUUCCGCCGAAGGAAGUUGUGGAGGGUUCGGCUCCGGCUUCGCCUGUGAAACCACGGAAGCGGCCUGUUGUUAAUCAUGCUGAACGGCGGUGGAGGGAGGAACGGAAGGGGUCGAUUUCUGCGGCGAAGGAUCGGCUUAGUGAGACUUUGGAGAAAUCUGCGCAGCGAACCCAGCAGAGGAAUUGGGAUGAGGAGUCUGAGCGGCUUGCUAGAGAUUUUGAGCAGGUUGCUCUUGAACUUCAGGUGGAUGAUGGUAAAGAUGGAGAUGAGCAGAAGCAUGGUAUGGAUCUUGAUACGCGCAUUGCUGGGAAUGGGAAUGUGUCGGCCGUUCAGCCUGUGAGUUCCACGCCUAAGCCGCCAUUGAAAUAUCAGCCGAGGCAGCCGAAGGAACCUAGAAUCGCUCCUGUUCAAUCUCAGUCUGAGUCUCAGUCCCGGCUGAAGAAUGAGGAGGCUGUGGAUGAUAUGCCUGAAGCGGAAGAUGAUGAUGGUGACUAUGUCUACGAUGUCUAUAUUCGGCGCCCGCUGUCGGAAAGUGAGAUGCUCAGGAACCCUCUCUCUGAGUAUGAAUCCGAACAGCAGCAGAAGAAUGUCAGCAAGGCUCAGCCUGGUGUUGGUGUUAUUGUCAUUACAGAAGAGGACGAGCAGUAUUGGGAGCAUUUCGUUGAGGAUGACGAGGAGGAGUGGGAUAGUGAGGACGCGGAUUCGAAUGCUGAGAACAAUCCCGCCAAUGACUACCCCGAUGAGGAGGUUUCAUCUGACGAUGAUGGCUUUGACUUUGAUGAUUCUGCCAGUGAGGACGGGUUUAACUCUGGUUUUGGGUAUAACUCGCGCUAUGGUGGUCAGGGCUCGGACUCUGAUGAUUACUGA